AUGGGUCAAUCAGGUGGGAUAACUCGGACCAGCCUCGCCCGUUUUCGGCUUCGUUAUUGUCUCCCUUGGGUAACCCUGUUCUUCGUGGUGUUCGCGAGUUCGGAUUCAGCCGAGGGAUACUCUGACGUCACCGGGGAUGCGUCGUGUCACGUCUCCGCGGCGGCGCGUCAUAAAAGUCACGUGAUUCGCAUCGGCGUGAUCGUCCCUUUUGACGGCGAUCACUUUUGGAGAUUAGAAUUAACCCGCCCGGCUCUGGAACACGCCGUGGAUUACAUCCACAAAACGCCGGGGCUUCUGGAUAACUACACCAUCGAGCUGGAUUACCGGGAUUCGAAAUGCUCAGACGUCUACGGGCCCCUGGAGGCCAUCGACAUGUACACGAAAAAAACGGCCGACGCCUUUCUCGGCCCGGGCUGCAACUACGCCAUGGCGGCCGUCGCCCGUUUCGCCGCCGUUUGGAAAAUCCCCCUCCUGACCGCCACCGGCUUGGAAAUGGCCUUCGCCAAUAAAAAAGAAUACCGCUUAACCCGUUUGCACGGUCACUACAUGGGCGUGGCGGAGUUCAUGGUCCAAGUUGUACACCGCUUCCACUACACUUCCGUCGGUCUGCUCUACUUCGACUACAUGAACCAGGUGCAAGGAAAGUCGGACUGCUGGUUCAUCACGGAGGCCCUGUUUUACGCCCUCUCCAACCACCUCAGCCAGCAGUACCGGAAGGAGUUUGUCGAGACCUUCAACGACACAGACCAGCAGCAGGUCGACGCCAAGCUGCGGGCUUUGUCCAAAAUCUCGCGAGUGAUCGUCCUGUGCGCAUCUCCGAGCUCAGUCCGUGAGAUCAUGAUCAGGGCCCAUGAACUCAACUUCGACAACGGUGAAUACGUCUUCUUCAACAUCGAUCUUUUUGCCAGCAAAAACUCGAGUGAACGCCCCUGGUACAAUGAGACGGACACCCCCGAGAGAAACGAGAAAGCGAGAAAAGCGUACGAGGCGCUCAUGACAGUCACGUUGAUGAAACCGGACAACGAGAAUUACCGAGAGUUCUCUCGCAAUGUCAAGGCCAGAGCUCAGCAGUUGUAUCCGAACUUCACCUAUGGGGAAGAUGACGUAAACAGUUUCGUCGGUGCCUUCCAUGAUGCCGUCAUUCUCUACGCCCUCGCCCUCAACGAGAGCCUUGCUGCCAACGUCUCCAUCUCCAACGGUUCUGAGAUUACAAGACGCAUGUGGAACCGUACCUUUACAGGUACUUCAGGUAUCACAGGGGAAGUAAGCAUUGACGGCAAUGGUGACAGAAACGCGGAUUACUCCCUCAUGGAUAUGGACCCGACCACGUCAAUGUUCAGGGUUGUGGCCAAUUAUUUCGGCAACAGCAAACAGUAUGAGCCAGUGGCCAACCUCAGCAUUCACUGGGCAGGGGGCAGAACCGAAGCUCCACCGGACACGCCCACUUGUGGCUUUGAUGGAUCCAAGUGUCCACCUGAAG